AUGUCCGUCUGCUCCAGCGACCUGAGCUACAGCAGCCGCGUCUGCCUUCCUGGUUCCUGUGACUCUUGCUCUGACUCCUGGCAGGUGGACGACUGCCCAGAAAGCUGCUGCGAGCCCCCCUGCUGCGCCCCCAGCUGCUGCGCCCCGGCCUCCUGCCUGACCCUGGUCUGCACCCCAGUGAGCUGUGUGUCCAGCCCCUGCUGCCAGGCGGCCUGUGAGUCCAGCCCCUGCCAAUCAGGCUGCAUCAGCUCCUGCACGCCCUCGUGCUGCCAGCAGUCUAGCUGCCAGCCGGCUUGCUGCACCUCCUCCCCCUGCCAGCAGGCCUGCUGUGUGCCCGUCUGCUACAAGCCUGUGUGCUGUGUGCCCACCUGCUCUGGGGAUUCCUCUUCAUGCUGCCAGCAGUCUAGCUGCCAGCCAGCCUGCUGCACCUCCUCCUCCUGCCAGCAGGCCUGCUGCAUGCCUGUCUGCUGCAAGCCUGUGUGCUGCAAGCCUGUCUGCUGUGUGCCCAUCUGCUCUGGGGCUUCCUCUCUGUGCUGCCAGCAGUCUAGCUGCCAGCCGGCUUGCUGCACCUCCUCCCAAAGCCAGCAGGGCUGCUGCGUGCCCGUCUGCUGCAAGCCUGUGAGCUGCGUGCCUGUUUGCUCUGGGGCUUCCACUUCAUGCUGCCAGCAGUCUAGCUGCCAGCCAGCUUGCUGCACCACCUCCUGCUGCAGACCCUCCUCCUCCGUGUCCCUCCUCUGCCGCCCCGCGUGCAGGCCUGCCUGCUGCGUGCCCGUCCCCUCCUGCUGUGCCCCCACCUCCUCCUGCCAGUCCAGCUGCUGCCGCCCGGCCUCCUGCGUGUCCCUCCUCUGCCGCCCUGUGUGCUCAGGUCAGAAGCCCAGCUGCUGAUGGACACGCCCCCCAGUGCCAGCCAGGCUCAGCUCCCACCUGGAAGCUGAUAGUCACAUCCUGAAUUGCUCCUGCACUUUGACCAUUUCCCAGUGUCUGCUAUUGAGCUGGACAAUGGAAGAACUGAAUGUCUAUACUCAAUGCUGCAGCCCUUUUGGGGGGGGGGUGCUUCUAGAAAGUUCCCAAGGCAGUGGCCUCCCCUCCAUAUCUCCCACUUCUCGUGAGGGUCAGCUCAGCCUUGACCCGUGAGGUCUCUGUCCUCCUGGCUCAGAGCCCCAGAGCCUUCCCUCAAACUGACCAAUAAAGGCCCUGAGACUGCAAUGGCGCUG